AAUCCACCAUUACGUGACCCGAGCCGAGGGCGGCGUUCUGCCAGUAUCAGGUUUAAUUUUUACCCCGUCUCUGGAUAUGCCAUUGGCACAGAAAGUCGUCACGUGUGCUUCCUCACCUUUGAGCGGGAGGAAACACCGUUUGGUUGUCUAGAGUUUCUGAUUUGUUGAUUUGUCAUAGUCGCCGCUACUGACGACAGCAGAGCUCAGUCCAUUGAGCCGUGCUAAAUAGGUCGCUGCACCGUGAGACACAACACGUAGCAGGGGGCAGGAACAAUGGCGGCUGAGGUUCUGAACCUGGAACGUCUAGUAGAUUUUGUGACGCCGAUCGCCGAAUAUGUAACACCAGAACAAAAUGUUCUACAGCCAGUGUGGGAUUUCGUCCGCCAGGGACCAUGGGGAGAGGACGCGCUCCGUUCUCCGCUCUUCCCGGUGGUGAUGUCCGUCGCCUUCUACUUCAGCUGUAUCUUGCCCUUCAUGAUCAUUGAUUUGUGGGGCAAAGAAUGGCACUGGACAAAGAAGUACAAGAUCCAGCCCGACAAGGAGGUGACCUGGCCCAUGGUGCGCAACACUAUGGUCAUCACCUUCUGGAAUCACCUGCUGUACGUCAUGCCGUCCGCUGUCGGCCAGUACAUCUACACCCCGCCCACUCCGCUGCCACCUGUCUCUCCUGGGCUCUGGGAGUUCACCUGGCAUAUCGGUGCCAGUCUUAUUAUCUUCGACUUCCAGUACUUCGCCUGGCACUGGCUGCACCACAAGGUGCGCUUCCUGUACAAGCACUUCCACGCCCUCCACCACCAGUACCACUCUCCCUUCUCCUGGGUCACCCAGUACCUGCAUCCAUGGGAGCUCAUCACUGUGGGCAUCCUCACCACCAUUAACCCCUGGCUGUUCAACAGCCACUGCUUCACCAUCUGGGUCUACAUGCUCAUUAGCAUCGCCGUAUCAGUGGAGGCACACUGCGGCUUCGUCCUCCCCUGGUCCCCGAUCCACUGGGUCCCGUUCGGCCUGUACGGCGGCGCCAUCAAACACGACCUGCACCACCAGCGCCCCUACUCCAACUUCGAGCCAUUCUUCUGCAUCUGGGAUCGGCUUGUCGGCACCGAGUUCACCCUGAAGGACCGCCAGCGCGCCAUUGACCGCCGGGAGAAGAUUGAGUACGACGGACACGACGGGCUGGUCGGGCGUGAGAUGAAGAAGUUCAACUGAACAUGGAGUCUACCGAAAAAGUUGGAUGAGAUUUUGCUAGGCUGCAUGUAGUACGGUGAAUUUUCAUGAGUGGCCUGAAGUCCAACUGUGGUGUAACGCUACUCUCCAAGCAGAGUUUAGGCUCUGGCUGUUGUUUAACGUUUUUUAGCCGUAUUUGUCGGGCUUUCUAUUUUGUCAUUUUUCAGGAAGUACGCCAGCCAUUGUUAGGUUUACAAUACAAAAUAGAAAGGCCGAUAAAAACGACUAAAAAUAGCCGGCGCCUAACCUCUGCUUGGAGAGUAGUGUAACGCCAGUAUCCAAAUAAAUCAAAACUAUCAUUCAGGUUACGUUUUUUUUUAAAUGUUAUGCAUGUCACCCUGACACCGAUGGACUUGAAGCCACUUUUGUGAUCACCACGUUACCGGAUCAUAGCAAGGCAUAGUUGAUUGUUUACAAUUGGUUUAUUUUAACUUUACUACUUCCAUUUAUGUGGCAGUUUAUGGAAUGGAACUAUGAUAGAAAAGUAAAUAAGGUAUGGAUAAAUGAUCGGCCUUGCCUUUCCAUUCACGUGGAUGCCCAACUAUCAAAGGUUGUUGGGUACUAGUAGUUCUUGUGGAUCGAAUGUCAAGGUUAUCAACACGCCCGGCCACACCCCUUAUGCCAAUUUACCCUGCCAUUUGCUGUGUUAUUUAAACCAGACGUCUAGCGAUUUUUCUUGAUGCAAAUUUGACAGAAAAUGCCAGUGUCUGUUGUGUCACUGUAGACGUGAGGUAUUCAUGUUUAUCCACGAAAUUUCUUACCUACAACUAUUGUUAAACCCACUUCACGAAGCUUAGCCUGAUUUGAUUUCGACCGCGUUUAUAGCACACUUUUAUCCUUUACGCGUUAGUGAUGAUUCUUCACUCUGUUACCAACCAUCUGUGUGCACAAAAUCACAAGACUGGGAGCUAUUUGCGUCACCUAUAGGCCAAUCAUUAAUGUGUGACCUUGUUGCGGUAGACCGUUGGAAACGUUCGUAUGGACGCUGACCCCUUUCAUUCGCCGGAGGCCUUUGGGAGAUGCGUUUAAAGGUUUAUGUGGAAACUGUAGACGACUUAUUGUUUACAAUCAAAUACCAGAACUGACCUACAAAAUACCUCACCAUGAGUAUAAUGGAAACAUAUUUGCAUAAAGUGGCAGGUAUAUGUAUAACACAAAUACAUAAUGUAUUUCUGAUCUGAUUCAUAUAACUUUGCAUCGAUUGGUAAGUUAUGAUUUUGGAUCAACGUGAUGAUUGAUGUUUAUCCAUUUAUGAUUUGCACACAUGCCAUUCGAUCCUACAUAGUCCGUUUAAAACUAUUCAUGGCAAUCUGAGAGGUUAUUUGCCUCAAUAUGUGCAGUAAGCCAGAUGUGACCUAUCUUCUCAUGCGUCACAAUGACGGUAUUUGCACGUUCUACAGAUCGAACAUGAUUUUUUGCUCAGACUUUUCUAGCUGGGGGACGAACGAUUCCCCAUCGUAAGUCCGAGGUGAACAAAGAGCACUGGAUGCUACCAUUCACUGUAUGACGACAAUAGAUAAAGCAAUUACCUUAGAAUUGCUGGAAUCGCCCUUCACAGUUAAGUUGGAAUUGUACUGUAUUUAGAACAAUUCUGCCAAGUAGAAAAUAUUUAGUGCAACUGGGAAAAGUAUAGUUCGAUGUGAAUUGAAUUCCUAUAAGUGUAUUUCAUACUCAUUAUGACAACUUUACGGCUCCUUUGCAUGUACAAUGUGUUAUUAAAUCUGAAUCAUACAA